CUGAAACGAUAACUAUUCCCAAAUAGGACAUUUGCUAGGAGGAGGUGCCAUAUCAACAUUUAUACUACCUAGUCUUCUGCUUCUCUUCCUCUUUCUUUCUUUCUUUCUUUUCUUUUCCAGACAUCAUUGAAUAACUCUGUUACACCAUGACGCCUACAACGAUUUGGAUGCUUGGGCACCCAGCAGUCAUUUCACGCAACGAGUCGCAACACUUGGAAGAUGCUCGCAUCAUUCCAUGGGGAACAACUCGUUCAGGAGCGAGUUUCAGGGCCCCGCCACCCCCAGUUCCGUCUACAAUCCCGCCGCUGCCACCUCCUCCUGUAACGACUUCUGUGAUUCCGCCGAGCUUUUUGGAUAUUUCAAGCAGCGAUGGCGAAGAUUCAGUCUCCUCCGAAGAAGAGGAUAAUGAAUUACUGUCCCAGGACAGUAAUUUGUUGUCCGAUUUUGUGUUGGAGUUUGAUAAGCUGACGCUGUUUGAUGCCUCUGAAGAGCAAAUCGGGCCUGGAAGUCCAAGCAGUGAUGGUGAAGGCAUUGGGUUUGAUCUCCCCCUCGGGACUCCGGUGACACACACUCAGUUUUGAAGUGCUGAGGUGGAGGUUCCGGGAACUUCUAGGAUGGAGUCUAGUACUCCGGAGGAGGUCCCGGAAAUACCUUCGUCUGGUAGCCCAAGCUGAGUGCCAGAAACUCCUGUGGCAGUAUCUCGUGCACCAUCUGAGGAGCUUGCAACUCCUUCUAUGGUGUCUCGUGCUCUGUCAGAGGAGCCUAUUCCGGCAACUCCUGCUGUUACUGCUAGUAGGCCAGCUACAAGCGCUCGGAUCCGCAGGUUGACCCUUGAGACUUCUGCGGGGGAAGAGACAAACUUGGCUGCAACCAUUCCUAGCGGGGCUAAACCGGUGACUCCUUCGAGAGCCACCUAUCUGGCUGCUCAACGAGCAGACCAGCCACGCCUGCAGUGGAACUGGCCUCUUCGGGGCAAGUCGGCGAC